ACACAAUUGGUUCACAAAAACCAACACAGGAAAGCAAGAAGUCAUCGAAAGAAAGCCCUAUGUGUAGUUCUUGUGAUUCAAAAGACGAAACACCGCUUUCAAGUGACCGGGACAAAUGGCCCAUUGGUAAAAUCGAAUUUGGUUGUUUUGACGAAAUUUGCAAACUACUCGACUUAACUGAUCGUAGCAAGAAACCACUUAUGAGCGCUUUAGGUUGCUUCGACCAAACAACGGCUGCAUGUAUUGAAAAGAAAUGUGAAAGAAUGGGAGGAAUGGGGAUUGCCGAAGUAGUACUCGGUAGGUGGGGAUCAUCAAAUCACGAAAAUAAUGUGGGGGCUCUUAAGAAGAUUCUUAAAGAUAGCAUGCAAAGGGAUGAUGUUGUUGUCGAGAUUGAAAAAUGGGAGAAUUUGAGAGUUUGUCAUGGAUGCGGUAUUAAAUUGAACUCCUUGAACAAACCACACUGA